AUGUCUGAACUUGAUGCAUUACUAAAGGAGAUCAACGGAUCACUUGCCACCACAUCAGAAUCCUUGGAGAGAUUAUCAGGGCUUUAUAAUAAUUCCGAGAUCGAUGAGGUUUCUGAAAGUAACCAACUGCAUGAACAUCUAUUUUCAGAUGCCAAGAAGCCUACUGAGAAAGUAUCGCUGCUAUCUUUAAAAAAUGGAAGCAUGCUGGGGUACAUAAAUUCGCUAAUGAUGCUGAUAGGUAACAGACUAGACGAGAAAUGUAAAAAUCCCACUGCAAUGGAUGCGCGUGAACGCUCUAUCCAACAUCGUGUAGUGUUAGAACGUGGUGUUAAACCUCUAGAAAAGAAAUUGUCCUACCAACUGGACAAGUUGACCAGAGCAUAUGUAAAGAUGGAGAAGGAAUAUAAGGACGCUGAAAAACGUGCGCUGGAAACAUCUACCCUGGCGAACCAUGGCAAGGAUGACAACGACAGUGAAGAAGACGACUCCAGUGAAGAAGAAAUGGCAUACAGACCAAACACUUCGGGAAUUAUUAGCACAGACAAAAAAUCAUCACAUAGAGAUGAAGAAGUAUCUAAGGAAGAAAAUGGAGACGAAAACGGUGACGACGAAUCAGGUGUAUACAAACCACCCAAGAUUACAGCCGUGUUGCCACCACAGCAAACACAUUUCGAAGACAGAUUUGAUGCCAGAGAACAUAAGGAUCGCAGUAGCAAAUCACGUAUGCAAGCAAUGGAAGAGUAUAUCAGAGAAUCAUCAGAUCAGCCAGAUUGGAGCGCAUCUAUUGGUGCUGACAUUGUAAACCAUGGGAGAGGUGGUAUUAAAUCUUCCAGAGAUACAGAAAAGGAACUUAAGGUCACUUCAUUUGAAGAAGAUAACUUCACGAGGCUGAAUAUUACAAACAAAGCUGAAAAAAGGAAACAAAAGCAGAGAGAAAGAAACGCAAGGGUUAAUGUCAUUGGUGGUGAAGAUUUUGGUAUAUUCAGUUCAAAGAGAAAGCUGGAGGAUAGUACAUCGAGACGUGGUGCCAAAAAAACCCGUUCUGCCUGGGAUAGAGCACAGAGGAAACUAUAG